CUUGCCGACUCACUCGCCGAUGACUCUACUGCUCGACGCCUCGAGGCUCGAGCGUUGCUUUCACGCAGAUCGGUUUCAUAAAUUCUUCGGACAUCUGUGACACCGGCGAACACGUUGCUCCUUUAUCUCUCGGAGCUUCGCUUUGGAAAAAACGAGACAAAGGGGAGCCGCGGCCAAGUUAUAUUUGUGGCGGACAACUUUGGACUUCUCUUCUGUAGUUUUUGCAUUUCUUCAGAGAAAGAGGAAAGAGAGUAAUUAGUUUCAUGUUCGGCGAUAUUUGCAUUUUCGGAAGUUCCUGUGGUGGGUUUUAGCUAUAUCAAGAACCUGGAUAAAAUGAUGCGUGAUAAGAACGAGAACACUUGUAUGGAGGAUGUGUCAGCCGAAACAUCUCAUUCUGAAUCUGAUAAGAAAGAAGCCAUGAAAAAUACUAAUUCAGGAAAUGUGGAGGCAAAGGGAGCUGAUCAGAAAGACGGAGAAAAGGGGGCAGAAGGGAGAACUUCUGAAGAGCUUGAUGCAGCUGCCGAAGUUAACAUGGAGGCGUCCAUUACACCUGAUGAUGUUAUAAGGGCUGGGGGAUUUGGUGCUAGAGAUGAUAUCAGUAGCUUCCUGCCUGUUGCAAGUGAUUCUACCGACUUUGAAGCUUCAAUUCGCGAUGCACGAGAUUAUGAAGAACCCCAGGGGAAUAUAAGUAGACCAGGCCUCGGUUGGAUUGAAUCAACAAAGGGAAAAUAAUCGUUCUUUCGCUGUUGUUUGCACAAGGGUUUCUAACUUUUUGUUGUUUUUAACCUUGUCCUAAUUUGUACGCGUUUUAGUUAAACCUUGUCCAUGUUAGGAUAUUCUAGCUAGUAUAUUAGCUUGUGCUUGGUUUGACUUAUGGAGUUGAGUCGUUGAGAUGCUGGAUUCUAACACUGUUUUCCCCCUUUUCCCCUUUUGCGGAACCACGGCAACUUUUCCCUCCAUUCUCACGUUUCAUGUAAAACAUCACAUAUUUUUCUCCUCUAAAAUAUUGCAAAUUUGUAUCAUC